GAAUAUUAUUAUAUCAAUAAGAGUUUAAUCCUAAUUCUACUCCUAAUUAAGAAUUUAAUAUUAUCAGCUAAUAAGAUUUUAAUAUCUGAUAAAAAAAUCUUAUAUUAUAUACUACGGAUCCUUCAAACGAAACUAGCUCCCACUAAUAAAUCAAGAAAACACGAUAUUAUUAAGUAA